UUGUUUCUGGCGCGACUCGCGAGUCACUUGCGAGUGACGUAUUCCGUUUGGGAGGAGUAUAGCGCUGACGUAUGUGGCUUGAACAACCACAUGCAGUGACCAUCCUUAUUUUUUUUUCUUCUUCCAUUAUACUGUGUCUUCUGCUUUUAUAAUGAUCUCUGUUCUUCGGGGAAAGUUUUCAACUAGUCUUUUGGACAUUAUCAUCCUGGAACAUAUUUGGGGCCCUUUGUUCAUGUCUUAGUCUUAAAUAUGUCUAAAUGUUAAAUAUCCGAAAGAUGCAUAAUAUAAAGACAUCAUUUACAGUUAUGUGCUUCAACUUUGUGUCAACAGUGUAGUAUAAGCACCAAACAGUGUGAUGCUCAGGUGUCCACAUACUUUUGGCUAUAUAGUAUAUCAGUAAUAAGUGAACAUAUUUAUUCGUUUAUAGAAACAGUAAAAAAAAAAAUGAAGUGAUGUUAGAAAAUAUAGAAUACUGUUGUUAUAAAUAAGACCCGCCUCCUAUUGUGACACCAACCAAUCAUCUGUACGCUCCUGCACUGAGCAAAAGCCGCUCUCUCAUUGGUUCCCUGCGCCUCAUCUGGGCCCUGUCCCAAAUAGAGAAGAGAACAGAGAGUAGCUAGCUGACUUAAGUCUUCCACCUCAGCGCUUAAGUGCGAAUGUGAAGGUAAUAGGGCACUAUUUGGGACAGGGCCGCAGAGGCAUUUAACCGUUUCCAUGUUUUCUUGCUUCUUCAAAACAGUUUUAACGCUGGACUCAGUCAUCAUAUGAUAUAUUGUGCUUAUAAAUGUCUUAGAGGUGUUUUCCUGGUACAGUGUGUGUUACAAAGAAGAAGUUGUUUAACCAGGAUUUAGGUGAAAUGUGAAAGCUGAGUUAAUGAUCUGAAAGAGAGAAUGGCUCAGAUAGCUAGUAGUCUUCAGGAAGGACACAGUGAGGAUGAACACAACAACAAAACACAAAAACAUCAUCAUGCUGCAGACAGAGCACUGCUGUCUGCUGGGACUGACAGCUCCGAGCUUCAAGUCUCAGAUACUGAACACGUCACUUCGAGAAAACCAAAAACUCCUCCAGAAAUACUGUCUGGAAAAAAAUAUCCCUCAACGGACAAACACAAUGGUCCUCAGUACCAGCACCUGUUUAUUAAGUCCCAUCAGAAAACAGAUCCUCUGUUUCAGAGGUGCUUCAGUACCAACUCUAAGCUCCCCCUGAGACAGAAGAGCGACAGCUGGAACUAUGAAAAUGAAGAUCAUUUUGUAGCAUGUCCGGAUCUUACCUCUCGUUCUUCCCAACGCCUCCAGCACCUAGAGCACACUUUACUGAGUCUCAGUUCUCAGUGCUGUGUACUGCAUGGAUCAGGAGGCUCUCUGAAAGGGUGCAUUAGAGGACUGUCUACUUCAGAAGAGGUGGAAUUUUACUAUCAUCCUCAGGCAGCAGUCUUUAGCCAGCACUAUGCACAGCUCCAGCACCUUCUGGAACAACGGGCUCAGCUACUCUUUCUCCACGAGUAUGGCCGUCGGUGUCGUGCGGUUAACUGCUUUAUAUCUCGAAUGGGUGAUGUGCUGGGGAAAGCCCGUCUCUUAGCCAGCAGGGAACAAAGUUCAAAUGAACAAGCUAAUGCUUCCUGGGACCUGGAUCUUAGGGCUAUGUGUGAGGAACUGCAGGUCCACCUUGGCCACUGGGACAUGCUGUAUGCCAGAGUGCGCUCAGACCACUUCUUGCGAAUUGUUCUUUUUAGCCAUACAGAGAUGGUAUAUUCAAUGCAGAGAGGGCUGUGGUUACGGGGACAGCAAGCCUUGCUGCUGAUCGAGAAUUGCAUGCACACAGUGAUUAAAGCUUUAGCUGCUACCCAGCUGGCAUGUGUUCCAAGAGAUGCCUUAGAGGACUUGCUGUCUGCUGUAGAGCUAUAUAAUCAUGUCAUAGCAAGCCCAAGGGCCCAGAAAAAAGCUGCAGACUGGAGUUUGCAGACUUUGUUCACCUCCGAUUUUUCUCACAUGAGGUCAGGCUUGCCCAGGAAGCACGUCAGACCUGGAGCAUUGUCUGUGGUGGAAAUCUUGAGGAUCACGGCGGAGAUUCGAGCUCAAAUUUCAGCCAGGCAGCUUUACAACUGGACAUGCCAGCAAACUGAUCUUUUUUCUCUUUCAGGAAAAACCAGCAUGAAAUGGGGGGACUGGGUUUGUCCCAGUCCUCUUAUUCCAUCUGCUUCAGGUCAGCCAAUGCUAGAUGAGUCCCCUAAGAAGACACUCAACAGUUUUUGGUCUUCCAACUUGCCCUUGUUUAUGUUUGCUCACCAAGAUCGAGAGGACAUUAUGGAAACUCUUUUUCAUGUCUUAGUAUCCUCAACAGACCUCUUAGAUCCACACAUUCCCAAAAGACCACAAUGGGAUAGGAAUGUUUCUGCAGAGAAGAGCUGCAGAGCCAGUGGGCGAGAAGAAAAUAAUUAUCCGGAAAAAUGUCCCUCUCGUAUUCAAACCACUGAUCAGCAGAUGGACCUGAGCAGCUUGGAUGCAUGUGUGGCACUUUUCUGUCAGUACAGGGAUAUACUCUGGAGGGAAUUUGGCAAAGCACUUAUCAAGCUUUUUUAUUACCCGUCUAACAGCAGUAUUUUGGGGGGCAUGAACCUGUGGAAUGAUCAGAGGCUGUUCCUUCUGUUCGGAUGGCUGAUGCAAGCUUGUAAAGAAGAUUUGGUUCCAGCUGAAUGCAAGGAUGUCCUGAAUAAAUUCUGCUCCCAUAUUUUAUCUACUGCUGCCUUCGUGCACUGGGAUGCAACGAUGUGUGAGUCACUGGGUUUAGGGAUGAAGGAUAAGUGUUUACCGAGAGCCAUGAGGGUUCCUUCUUCUGUAAGAACCGCCACCAUGGAUCUUUCGCUCCAGCUUUUCCCUCCUCUCCUGUCUGUGCUCCAGUUACUGCAAACCUCACACACAAGCUUAGGGGAGAUGGCAACCAGGAGCCUUGGUUUGUAUCAUCUUGGGUUGCUGUGCAGGGCUCAAGCCACUGUCCAGUCCUCUACUUUCUGGGUUGUGAGUAAGGCCUACCAGUUUCUGGCCUCAUGGUCUCUUACUAAGUUUGUGCUGGUCACACAAGGAGAUCUUAAGGCUCUCAGGGAGGCGGUGGAGAGUCUCGUGCAGCAGCUGAACACUGUGGUUGGAAGAAAUGAUCAUCAUCUCAUCAUGGAAAAUAGACUGAAAUUAUCUCAUGCAGUCUCACAACUACAGGCUUUCUCUGAACUGGUCCUGAGGAUCUUUUCAAUGGACUGCAAGAAAAUGUCGAUGGAGAUUUUUGAGCAGACAAUGCCAUCAGCAAAACACUGGAGAGUCAACUAUAAAACAGGAUUACCCAGCACCCCGAGUGAUUAUGCAGCCUUUGCAGCUCAGAGUGUGCUUGGCCAGGUGUUCGAGGGAGUGCAGCCCCUACCGGAUGAGACUCGCAUUCCAGCACUGGUAGAAGCCAUGACUGCCUUCAUGGAGGCCUGGAUGGAGCACAUCCUCAAAAAGAAAAUCAAAUUCAGUGUUCAUGGAGCCCUGCAGCUGAAGCAGGAUUUUGAUCUGAUUCGAGAGUUGAUUCGUUCAGAGAAGUACAGCCUGUCGGAGGAGCUGCACCACCGGCUUCUCUCACUGCGUGUCUUUCAUCAAGUGGACAGCGCCAUAGUGUGCCUGUUACAGCAACCUGUGACCAAACCGUACAUGCCCUCUCACAGAUGGGAGCCUUUCAGACACUGCUGCCCAAACAGGGCUCAGGUAGUGGACCAGACAGUUGGAAGCCUCAAUAAUCUGGAGACUAUAGACAUCCAGGCUGCCUGUCAACAGGCCUUGACUCAAGCAGAAGGCUCUGGGAGCCCUGAACUGUUCUCCACAACUCCACCAGAGUCCUACUUAGCUGUGGCUCAGCAGGAGUGGCUGAACCUGCGCAUCCACACCAGCUCUCGCUGGAGGAUCCCUGGACUGCGCUGUUUCACCAAAUCUGAGCCCUGAAACACUGAUUCAAAGUAGUACAAUAGUACUAUAUCAUUUGUACAGCAAUAGGCAAUAAUCCUGUACUAUAAUAUGUGCUUCACAUGUAUUCAAAAUAUUGAAUACUGAGCAAUACAUAUUGAGCAUUACUGUGUUAAAACAAACAUUUAAUCGUCAAGCUAAACAACAGUGACAGUUGUGAAAGUAUGAAGUUCACAAUGCUGAAUUAACAACAUGAAAUACUUUGAGAACAGUUAACUUUUUUUAAUUGAAACAUUUUAAUUGAUAUUUCUAGUAGACAACUAUUAACAUCUUUCUGAACAUAACUGACACAACUGAACAAACUUAAACUUAGAAGGUUUUUAGUUUUUAUUUAAUAAGCAAUCUUUUUUACAUUUUAAAAUGUUUGGAAUGUGCCAUAAUAGUUUAUUUUAAAGCUUUUUGGCAUUUUUGUAUGUUUCAGAUCCUAUGAUAUUGUAACUAAUGCUAUAGAACUUUGAUGUAAAUGUUUUAACAGAAGAUGCUGAGGAAGAUUUACUAAAUUUUAUUUAUGAUGGUUAAAACCAAAGCAGGUCACAUCUGGUAUAUUUGGAUAAAAAAUAAUGUGCCUUUUUAUUUUUCUUAUACUGUACUGUAUAUUAUGAUAAAAAUAAUUAAGAAAAAUAAUUAUAUUAUGAUAAAA